AUGGAGGACACGGCUUCCCCGUCCGCUCUGUGCGUGCACGCAGAUUACACUAAACUCUCAGAGAAGCGCCGGGAGGGGUGGAGAUAUUCACUGACAGACUGUUCACAGCACCUGAAACUCCAAGGUCCCAUGGUACAGAGGGGCAGUGCCCAGCUGGUGAAGCUGGAUUGCAUAGGAGAGCAUGGGGAUUCCAUGGAACACGGAAUAUUUUGGUUUCGCCAAAAGAAAAAUGAAAAAAAUCCAGAAGGAAUCGUUUAUCUUAGUAUGGUGAACAAAGAAUUAUACAGAGACCAAAAACAGAACAGUCAUUUCAAAGCAGACAAAUCAGGAAGUUCAUACACCCUAACCAUUAAAUCGUUUCAGAAUGAGGACCAGGGAACCUAUUACUGUAUGAUUAAUAAGAAUUCAGUGCUAACCUUCAGUCCUGGACACCAACUCUUCUAUCCUGAAGUAACAACGCCUAAACCAACCACAACCAAACCUCCAGCAACCUCAGGUACAGGCUCGAAGUCGGGAGAUGACUGUAGCUGCAACUCUGGAAAAACAGGAAAUACAAAGGCUGAAUCCUGGAAGAUUGAUUGUGAUAUACACAUCUGGGCCCCGCUUGUAGGACUUUGCGGAUUUCUUCUCAUCUGUCUGCUGACCACGGCCAUAAUGCUCUGCUUCCGUACAAGGAGAAGGAGAUGCCGUUGUAAACACAGGCCCUUGGAGGAAAGAAAUGGUCAGAUGAACCUCAUGAACAAACACAAGAAGUGAUUGUGGUGGACCUUCUCAGCCCUGGCUCUAUCUGCUGAC